CGAAAGGAAGCCGACGGUUUGAAGUCACAACGACUUUGCCCUUUUUUUUUUCUGGCCUUAUUUCACACAUGAUCAGACGAAUUUGAUGACGCGGACUUUUCUUUUCCGCGUAAAUUUGGUUGGAAGCCUUCUCCAUUCCGCUCAGCUCGCUAACUGCUAACAAAGCGAUGCGGAAGUGAGCAACACGUCGCCAAGCGGCGCCCGAAGUGAGUGUGAAGCGUCGCCAUUAUUAUUAUUAUUAUUAUUAUUAUUAUUAUUAUGUGCAAAGUAGAAAUGCUGAGGGAGUUGUUUCACGCGCGACUAAGUGCUGCCGUCGAAGAAAUAUUUGUAGUGUUUGAAAGAACGAUUGCAGAGUACGAGGAAGAACUUUGUCGGGCGAAAGAGGAGAACGAGCGACAACGUCAACUACUGGACGCCGUCUUCAAGCCACAAGAUGAGUUACACGUUGAGCUUCAUCCUGAGCAGCACAAGCGGAGCUCCAGGGUGGAGGACGAGUCGACGCCCCCCAACGCCAAAGCCGAAGAGGAGGACCUGUGGACGAGUCGGGAGGGAGGGCGGCUUCAGGGGUUCCCAGGGAUUCGUGUCAUCGUGAAGAGUGAAGGGGACGACGACGAAGUGUCAAAGUCUCGGCUUCAUUCCGCUCAAAGUGUGGAAAGCGGAGCAAGCGGCAGCUCAAGUCAGCGCGUGACGACAGGAGAUGGAGACCAGUUUGAAGGAUCGCAAGCAACCGGCCUCUCAGACACCAAGUCUGACACUGAUGAUGAUGAUGAUGAUGAUGAUGAACACGCUAAAGGUGGUAUGAAAUAUCCCACUGAAAACGCACACCUGACGUGUCCUCAAUGUGACAAGACAUUUGGGACCAAAUACACUUUAAGAGUGCACAUGAGAACGCACACGGGAGAGAAACCGUUUUCCUGCUCAUGUUGCAGUAAAACGUUCUCUCAAAAGGUCAAGUUGAUGACGCACGCAAGAACACACACGGGUGAAAAACCCUUUCCCUGUUCGCUGUGCAACAAGAGUUUUCGUGAUCAUUCAGCGUUGGUGCAACACAAGAGAACGCACACGGCCAUCAAGAAAGAGUUCCACCUUGAGCAGCUUGAACCAGAGCCUCCUCACAGGAAGGAGGAAGAGGAGCCAGGGUCCCCUUCCAUUAAAGAGGAAGAGGAGGAGACUGAUAUCACCAAGUUGCCGUUCACUUGCGUCAUCGUGAAGAUUGAAGGUGGUGAUGAAGAAGAAGGUGAUGGAGACCGAGGUGAAGGAUCACAGGCAGACAGCCUUUUAGCUCCAGUAUCAGAUAGUGACAACAAAAUGUCAGACUCUGAUGAUGAUGAUGAUGAUGAUGAUGAUGAACACGCUAAAGGUGAUAUGCUGUGUCAAACUGAGGACAAAGCCUGGGAAUGUUCCCUGUGUGGCAAAUCUUUCUCUGCCAAAAAAAAUCUGAGAAGACACCUGAUGCUCCAUACAGGCGAAAAACCUUUCAGCUGCGCAGAUUGUGGUAAAAGAUUCGCUAGUAAGGCACAUUUGCACAGACACGCGAGAACGCACACUGGAGAGAAACCUUUUUCCUGCUCAGUCUGCGGUCUUAGAGUAACUCAAAAGAUUAAUUUAUUAAAUCACAUGAAAACACACACCGAGGAGAAACCUUUCGCGUGCCCAUUUUGCACCAAAGGCUUCGCUCGUAAGGCACAUUUGAACAGACACGCACAAAUACACACUGGAGGCAAGGCCUUUGUCUGCUCAGUCUGCACCUUAACUUUCAGCGAACGUUCCAAUUUGGCGAAGCACAUGAGAGAACACACCGGGGGAAAACCCUUUUCCUGCUCAGUUUGUGGGAAAAGUUUCUCUCAGAGACGCGCUUUGACAAGACACACUCGAAUGCACACAGGUGAGAAACCUUUCAGUUGCAGUGUGUGUGGUAAAAGAUUCCCUCAGAAGUAUCAGGUGAAGAAACACAAGUGUGUUGUUGACAAAUGCAGCAUGAAAUGAAGCUUCAGAACUUUAGGCAACAGGUUUUAAUGGGAGCGGUAUGGUGGCCACGUGAUCCUGAAUCCAAUCCGAUGGUCCUUCUCUGCUGGCCUGAACAUUUUCAGAAGCACUGACCUAAGUUGCGUAACCUUGUAUGAUAGUAAUUUAUUUUCAUUUCUUGGCUGGCCUGCUUGCAGUAGUGUGGAUGUGGGAUUUUUUUUUUUUGUCCAAUCAGAUUUCAGCAUCUAUGUGUUGACCUGUCAGUGUCGUCUGCCCAGGCAGGGCCUUCAGAAUCACGUGUGAGUUGUGGCCUAAGGCAGCUGUUUGCCAGUGUUCUCAUUUCAUAUUGGUGUUUAUUUGUCUUGUUUAAUAAAAAUCUUCAUGGGCA